AUGCCUUCCAAAACCUCGCCAUCAGGCUUCAAGGAGCUGGCCGACACAGCGCUCUUCAAACCUCUCCAACUCGGAGCUCUUGGUUUGGCACACAGAGUGGUGAUGGCGCCUUUGACUCGCAUGAGGUCUCCUAAAGAGUCUGAGGGUGUUUAUGCACCGGGUGAUCUGAAUGUGGAAUACUACUCGCAAAGAGCUUCCAAGGGAGGACUUCUAUUAACAGAAGCAUGUCCCAUUAGCCGUUUGGCGUGUGGUUAUCCUGGAUGCCCAGGAAUCUUUACCGCCGGUCAGAUUGCGGGCUGGAAACGAGUCACUGAUGCAGUCCACGCCAAGGGGGGAUUCAUCUACUGCCAGCUUUGGCAUGUUGGGCGCGCCACAGUACCCUCCCUCAUUGAUGGCCAUGACUCCGUAAGCUCUAGCAACAUCCCCAUUGGAGGAAAUGCGUUAGACGGAAGUUCCUUUGCCGCUACGCCUCCUCAUUCCUUGAGCGUUAGCGAGAUUGGUGAUGUGGUAAAGGAGUUUGCCGCUGCUGCAAAGAGAGCACUGGAGGCAGGAUUUGACGGAGUUGAAAUCCACGGUGCCAACGGUUACCUCCUCGACCAGUUCCUUCACGACAAUGUCAAUGUUCGCACGGAUGCUUAUGGAGGAUCUGUUGAGAACAGGUCCCGCUUCCCGUUAGAGGUCAUUAAGGCUGUCACAGAGGUUGUUGGCGCAGACAAGGUUGGAAUUCGGUUGUCUCCUUUCAACUACUUCCAAGAUACCAAAGACUCCGAUCCCACCGGGCAUUGGUCAUACCUCUGCGAGCAAAUAGCCGCGCUUCCCAAAGAGCAGAGACUAUCGUAUGUACACAUGGUUGAACCGAGGUUCGAUGAGGUGCUCGAUGAACAAGCGAAGCUCGACGCGCUCGCGAGCACAACCAAGUCUGCGCAGAAGGUCAAGUCCCUUGCCCCAUUCCAGCAAAUCCUCAAGGCUGGGGGCGUCAAGUUCCUCGCAGCAGGGGCCUUCAACCGAGACAAUGCGGCGCCAAAGGUUGAUACCGAUGCUGCUGAUGCCGUUGUCUUUGGUCGGUGGUUCAUUUCAAACCCAGAUUUACCUAAAAGACUCGCCGAAGGUCUUCCCCUGAACGCUUACGACCGAAACAGCUUUUACGGUGCUGACCCUCCCCAGAAGGGAUAUGUCGAUUACCCUGUCUAUGUGGCCACUGCAUGA